AAGGCUCUUAGGCUGAAAAACGACAGUUACGUCGGCCAUCUUAUUUCGCUCUUCUCUCUUGAAACGGUUGUAACUUUAUUUUUAGUUUUAAUUGAGGUAGAAGUGAUUUCUAUUGAAAAUAUGUUUCGUCACGAAGGAGUAUCUUGCGAUCUUUGUUGCGCGUACAAUUUCAGAGGGAAACGGUUCAAGUGCUUGAAAUGUAAAGAUUACGACCUCUGUAUGAACUGCUUCGACUUGGGCUUAGGAACUCAUUCUAGGAAACACCCAUUUCAAUGCAUAUUGACCCAGUCGGAUUACGAGCUGUUUUACGGAGGUGAAUCUUCGCCGUGCCAACGUUCUUUCACUUGUUCCAUAUGUGGGCAGAUGGGUUUCGCAGAGAAAAGCCUUGUUAAGCACGCCCUGGAGUGUCACAGAGACGUUUCUACACCAGUUUUAUGCCCGGUCUGUAUCACUCUACCGCAGAACGAACCGAACGUAAUGAUUGUUAAUUUUUCGAACCACCUCGUCGAAAUGCACGGUAAAAUGGUCUACGACUUUAAUUUAAGUAGCACGUCGACCGAGACGAGAUCCACACCCGUUUCCCAAGGCAGUAUGGACACCUUGACUGAAAUAUUCUCUCAGUUAGUUCUCACCAAGAAGAAAAAGAGAUCGGCCCACAGGCAGAGCAUCUGGGGCCCGCUGGUUCCCAAAGGACUCCAUCACGCUACCCAGGCCGCAGAAACAUCCGCCGAGAAUACUGUCCAGAUCCCUCCAGCACAUUCUUCAAAAAUGUUAGUCGACGAAAUGGAAAUAGAGUCAGAGACUGAAGAGAAAAAUGAAGCUAGAGACGAAAGUUUAGCUGCCAGAAACUUAUUCGCGCGGCACGUCGUGACUUCGACCUUCAACGAUCCAAACUUGAGAUCCCUCAGGGGCGAUCUGGGCAGUUUUGUCAAGGAACAACGUACACUUGAGUUUGAAGACGUCUUCAGCGACAUUGAUAAGAAAUAGGAUAUGAAAAAAGCAAAGCAUAAUUAGAAAAAAAUGGUUAAUAUUUUCCUUUUUCUCAGUACUAUUACAAGAACAUUGUAGUUGAAUAGUUUGGAAAUUAUAAGUUUUUUUAUAUAUAUAAGUAGUGUUCACUUUAUAAUCUUGCUCAAAUUUUAUUGUAAUUUUUUUCAUUAAGAAAAUUUAGAGUACAAAAGCUUAAAUAAUUUUUAAGUUUAAGUGUUAUAAUAAUUCUGACUAUACAUGUCACAUUUUUUAAAUAUUUUUUAUAAACAGCAAUGCUUCCUAUUUAUACGUUUGUAUAUCUCAAGAAAAGAAGUAAUUUGAAUGAAUACUUUUGUCAAUUUAAAAGUUCUGACUAGUUUUAAUUCUGGUUUUUAAUUAACAUUUAAAAAAAAUCAUCUUUAAAAGUCAUCAGUGUAUUGUAUAAGUUUUUUUCUAACUAAAAACAUGAGGAAUAAAAUUUGUUGAAAAAUCUAAAAUUCGACUAAAUCUGUUCACCUCUAAACCCACCUUCCUUGUUGUGUACAAUCCAGGCAAAUAAAAUUAGAAAAAGUCUAAUCUAAUAACAAUAUUUCAUAAUUAACGUAAAUAAUUUAUGUAAUUAACUGUUGCUGAGGAUUUGUGUAUUGGUCGCACGUUUCUAGUUAAGAUAGGUAGGCUAAGUUGUGGAACGGAUUUACAAUGAUGAUAAAUGUGAUCUUUUUUAGGUAUAUUUUAUUAAACAUUCUUUUAAGCU